GUUAGUUGCGUCUCCAGAGGGGCGAACGGCGUCAUGGAGCCCACAGGGGCGCGGUUAAGUUUGCAGGCGCCGGGACUGGCGCCCUUCGGAGAGCCCCCGCUGGUCGAGGAACUGUCCGUCCCGGGGGUCCUCUGCGUGCAGGGUGGCGGCGACGGCGGUGGCACUUCGGAGACCCUGAGUCCUGACGCUCAGCUAGGGGAUAGGCCCCUGUCCCCGAAGGAAGAGGCCGCCCUCCAGGAGCAGGAGGAGCUGCUGCAAUGCCGCCGCCGCUGCCGCGCGCGCUCCUUCUCCUUGCCCGCCGACCCCAUCCUGCAGGCGGCCAAGUUCCUGCAGCAGCAGCAGCAACAGGCAGUGGUGCUGGGCGGCGAGGGGGCGGAGGACGCGCCGCUCGGCCCGGGCGGCUGCUGCGCCAAGUGCAAGAAGCGGGUGCAGUUCGCGGACACGCUGGGGCUGACCCUGGCCAGCGUGAAGCACUUCAGCGAGGCGGAGGAGCCGCAGGUGCCGCCCGCAGUGCUCUCGCGCCUCCGAAGCUUCCCUAUGCGUGCUGAGGACCUGGAACUGCUGGCCGCCGCGGCAGCGGCCGCGCCCCUCUCAGCGCAGCCUUCCCGGCUCCGACCGCUCUUCCAGCUCCCGGGGCCGAGCGCCGCGGCCGAGCGCCUGCAGCGGCAGCGCGUGUGCCUGGAGCGCGUGCAGUGCUCGACGGCCUCGGGCGCGGAGGUGAAGGGCUCCGGCCGCGUGCUCUGCUGCCCUGGGCCCAGGGCCGUGACCGUGCGCUACACCUUUACCGAGUGGCGCUCCUUCCUGGACGUGCCAGCUGAGCUGCAGCCCGAGCCGCUGGAGCCACAGCCGCCAGAGGCGCAGUCGGGGGCCUCCGAGCCAGGUUCCGGGGAUGCCAAGAAAGAGCCAGGCGCCGAGUGCUUCCACUUCUCGCUGUGCCUGCCCCCGGGCCUGCAGCCUGAGGGCGAAGAGCAAGCUGAUGCGCGCGGCGUCGCGGUCCACUUCGCUGUCUGCUACCGCUGUGCGCAGGGCGAGUAUUGGGACAACAACGCGGGCGCCAACUACACGCUGCGCUUCGCGCGCCCUGCGGACGCGCUCUGAGCUUGGAGAGCUUGGAAGAGCCGUGGGGCGGGGUUGAUUAGCACGUGCAGCUCGGGCUGCCGCCCCAGGGGACUUGCUGCGACGCUUUGCUGGGCAUGGCGAAUCUGGCGGGAGGGGCGCGUGGAGGGAAAGGAGGGAGACGUUCAACCGUCGACUCGCACCGCAGCAGAGAAGUGAGCGAGCUUAGAGAGCCCAGGCAAAGCUCCGAAAGCCUCUGGCCCCCGUCUUGUCUUCUCGGCCUUUGGACCUUCCUACAAGGCCUCUAGAAUUCCCAGCCUGCGUCAGAAUAGGAAGAAACUUUCAAGGCCCGGAGCAGCUGCCUCCAAGAAAAAGGCUCCUGACUCCCGGGCAUGGUUCUAAGGCCUUGGGAUUGGUGUUUAACUCUAACUAUCAUAUUUUAGCCCUUGCAGCUUGCUGGAGACCCCUAGGGAAAGAACAAAGGUCCUGCCACCGUGCACCAAAGGAAGGUGCCGCGGGCUGUGGGUGGACGCGUGGGACCUUUACAUCCCAACCUAUUUCUCAGAGAAAACCCGGUCGCGGCUGGGUCAGGCCACCCUUUUCUUUUGACUGAGAUGUGGGAAAUGUUUGCCCAGACUUGACAUUGUUUAUUUGUGCGAUUGUGUACAAAUGUCCUUUAAAAAAGUAAAGGCCACUCGCACCCC